AUGCUACAUUCAAAUUCAAUAAUUCAUCCAAACAAUACCAACCAUAGGUUCAAGUUUGAACCAUUUUUACGAAAUGAAUACAACUUUGGGCUAGAUCCAGAUAGACCUGUUUGCCCCUUUUUCAACCAUCAAUUUCCUACCACUUCAUGUCCGAAUGGUACCAACUGUCCGAACAAACAUCCUUCGCAAACAUUUAAAAAUAAACUAGUGUGCAAACAUUGGUUACGUGGCUUGUGCAAAAAAGGAGACAAUUGCGAAUUCUUACAUGAAUACAAUCUACGAAAGAUGCCUGAAUGUGUGUUUUAUUCCAAGAAUGGGUACUGUACUCAAACCCCCGAGUGUUUAUACUUGCACAUUGAUCCACAAUCAAAGAUACCCGAAUGCAUGAAUUAUAAUGCUGGGUUUUGUCUAGAAGGUCCCAACUGUAAAAACCGACACGUAAGACGCAUAGUUUGUCCAAAUUUCCUUGCUGGAUUUUGUCCCGAAGGACCAGAAUGUGAAUUUACACAUCCGAAAUUUAAUCAUCAAAACUUAUAUUUGAGGAUCAAGCCGGAUCCAACCGAGAUUAACGAAAAGACUGUGCUGGUUGCAGGUAAGUCACCAGCAGAAGAAGAAAGUCUACAAGAAGAAAAAUAA